AUGCAGCCUUCCGAGUAUGAGAUUCAGCGCGAGGUAGAGGCUCUUCGGGAUAUUCGAAGGCGUUCGACGGCAGACGGACUGACUUCUUUCAUACUGGACCCGGAUCUACCAAGUUCUCCGACCGCGUCGUCAUCCACUUCACCGACGUACUGGCCGUCGCCCGAUGACUCCAGUGGUAGCUCACACGAGGAGGGUAGUGAGAACAGUCCCAUUAACGCCAACGAUGACCCAUCACAUCUUUUCUGGGUCCCGGCUCGACUGCAUCCUGAGAUCGCUCCUGCUGAGUUCAGACAGUUUCUGAAGGAGCAUGCUCGGAACCCUGCGGAUGAGACUAGUGCUUUAGCGCGCUCGGUAUCCAGUGGCUCUAUAGGAUUGGACAGGAAGAAGUCUUUGCUUAGCAGGCAAUACAAGCCAGCUCCAAAUGAUGGCAUCGAAGACGAGCAGGUUGUGCCUAUCAGGCGAAAUCGAAGUGUCUAUUCGCGCCCUGGCCCACAGCUUACAAUCAAUGACUUGCAGAAGCUGGAGGAAUUGGCGGAGGAAGCAUCCAAAAGUGACGACCCUACUCGACUUAGAAGUGUGUUGCGCCGAAGUCUCAGUCUCAAUGUGUCCCCAUCAGUUAUCGACCAAAUGGACGAUAUGCCAGACCUGGGGGAUGAUGUAGACUCUCCAAUUGUGAUCCCGCGUCCAAACCAGGCUCUCCGUCGUUCAGCACGUACGAAGAUUCGAAAGCCAGGCACCGGGGAAGGCGCACAUCGCUUUACUGCGACACGGCGAAAGAAGUCUGUGAGCCGCGCAGCCACGAUGCAAGAACUGCGGACAUCAUCUAGCGACCUGUCAUCCAGCGAUCACGGUCAUGCUGAUACAAGCCGGCGACCUCAUGUAGAAGAGAGUAUUCCGGCGGUCCCUCCUUUACCUCGGCCAGAGUCUUUUAGCGAAGAGGCACUGAUAUAUGAUGCGUAUGUGACAGACGAACCAGACGAAUUGGAUUUAUCCUUGAGAACGGAAAGCCCUGAGCCCUCGGUAGACUCUCAUGUUUCACCACCACCUUCCACGACAUCACACUCAGAAGCCCAUGAACCUCUUUCAGAGCCGGAACCAGUCCUUCAUCAUCCUCAACCACAACGAGCCGUUGCUCCUCCGGUAUCUGAGCCUCCAGUAUCGGCACGUUCUCCAUCUCCCCCUCAACCCUCAUCUUCGUCGCCUAGUCCAGCUCCUUCUAUCAACGUAUCUCAUCGACCGCCUUCCGAAGAAGCUCCCACACGCCAUUCCCGGUCUUCAAGUAUCUCCGAGCAGCGGAAGGAUAAAGACAAAAAAGGAGGUCUUUUUGGAAAGUGGGGCAGCGAUAAAAGCAACAAGAAAACUAAAGAAAGUCGCGAACGAGAAAAGGAGAAGGAGAAAGAGAAAGAGAAGGAUACAGGCUUUUUUGGAUCGUUGUUUGGUGGCAAGAAGAAGCAAGACGACACGCCCGCACCGCUUGGGAUGGGUGCAUCUGGACGCGAGACUGCCGCUGCCCUGCUUGGCGCUUCCAAAUCGUCUAAAUCUUAUGUUCCUUCGCCAUCUCCGCAGCUGGCUGGCAUGUAUGCGCGGUAUCCCAUUCAUGUUGAGCGUGCAAUCUAUCGACUGAGUCAUAUCAAGCUCGCUAAUCCGCGUCGACCACUUUAUGAACAAGUCCUCAUUAGUAACCUGAUGUUCUGGUAUCUUGGUGUCAUCAACAAGACACAAAACACAGCAGGCCCUCAAGGAAAUUCUGCAGCUCAACCUCAACCUCAGAGCCAACCUACUCCCAUACCAGAUCAAGAGCAACUAGAGCGAGAACAGAGGGAGCGAGAAGAGCGAGAGAGGGCAGAAAGGGAGCGGAUGGAGAAAGAGCAGGAGCAGCGGGAAAAACAACGUCGGGGCAGUUUGACUAAGCAGUCGACGUCGGGAACCCCGCCUGGGACUCGACGAGCAGAAAUGCCCGUUCGUGGACCUCAGUACGAGAUGCAGCACCGGGCCAUGGAGCAGGAAUAUGGUUAUAUGCCGCCUUCAAAUGGAGCCGGCGGGGCGACACUAGGUCGUACGUCAUCCAUCCCUACCUCCGCUAACAACUCUCUCCCGUAUCAAUCCUCCCCACCUCCGCGUUCUUCAUCUGCACCACCUGCACAAUUCUCGGUGCAGCUUGUCCAUCCGCAGCCGCAGCUUGCUAACGGCAACAUUCAUAACGCCGCUAUGCAAUCUCAGCACUAUCCUCCGGCGACAGGUGCGCAGCUGCCUCCCGGUGCGAUGUCUCCCGUGGCUGUCGAACAGACUUGGCUAGCUACAACCAGUGUUGCACCAUUGGCCCCGCGGGGUUCCUCGUCGACGUCUCCUCCACCAAGAGCUAGCUCCCCUCCAAAUUCGAUGCCGGUAUCGACGUCUUCCUCAAGACAAGCGCGAUCACCCCCACCAAAUCGAUAUACACCUGCGCAGGAAAAGCAACCGUUCAGUGGGGGCAGGUCACCCAGCCGGUCGUUGUCCGCCUCUGCGGCCCCUCCUAUGAUGCAACAAACUAACGGCAAACUGAAGAAAGGUAUCAGUGCACAUGCGGUGGUUCAGAAUCGUAGACGAUCGAAUGAGGAAGAGGAUGUGCCAUUAGCCGUAUAUCAGCAACAAUAUCGACGGAGAUGA